AUGGUUCCAACUUCUAUGAAACAAACCCAGCAAAACAUUAGCAAGUUAAAGAAGUUACAGUUCGAUGCUGAUUUUGAAAGUGGUAAUCUCGAUCUUGUCAGAGAAAAAGAGAAGAAUUCUUUCGAGAUAUUCAUUAGGAAUGAUUCAAAUUCUGCCUCGAAUAACUAAUGGUUCUAUUUCAGAGUGAAAGUCCCAGGUUUUAUGAAGAAUUAGACAAUAAAAUUGGGGAUGAAAAUCUCAAUAUUCUCUAAAUAAGCAGAUAAGCAAAUCUCAAAUGGAUGGAUUUAUGGAGGCAAUAAUAUAUAUUAUGGACGAUCAGAUUAAGAAAGAGAAAUAAAUGAAAAUAAUCAACUAAAAUACUUUGAGUACAAGUUCGAGCAUGCAGGAGACGAAGUAUUUUUCGCAUAUACUGUGCCUUACACUUACAAUCAACUCUAAAAUCAUAUAAGAUAGCUUACUUCGUUACUAGAUGGUAAAAUUGAUAACAGAUCUAACUUUUUAGUUUAAUAAUACUUAAAGGUAGAAACACUCGGUCACUCUACAGGAAGCAUCCAAAUACCAUUAUUGAAAAUUCAAUCUGCAUCUGAUCUUAGUGGAAAGGACAAUCCAACUAGUUUCAAUUUAAGACAGUCUUAUGAAUUUUGGAUAAUACCAAUGACUAAUCCUGAUGGUGUGAUUGUUGGGAACUACAGAUCCAAUUUAUAGGGUAAAGAUAUGAAUCGCUGCUUUUUUAAUGAAGAAGAACUUCAGUAUUAAUCACCAGCUAAUGAAGUUGAGCUCAUUUAGAAAUAUCUCAAGGAACACAUCACCAAUUACAAUCAAUAAGUAUAGGAUGAUAAAAUUAAAGGUCCUCUCAGAGAAAUCAAGAUGUUUUUAGAUAUUCAUACGCAUUCUAGUUAAAGAGGAAUAUUUAUAUUUGCUCCUUAGGCCUCAAUAUAAGAUCAGCAUAGAGUUAGAUCUUAUCCUUAGAAGCUAGAUGAGUAAUCAAUAUACUUUAGACUAUAAUCAUGCAAAUUUUCUAAUGAUAAAAAUAAAAAGAAUUGUGCAAGGCUUUCAUUCUAUCGAGAUUGGAAAAUAGAUAUGUCCUACACUAUUGAAGCUUCAAGCUAUGGCUAUAUAGAUAAGCAAAAUAACACUGUUGUAUAGUUGAAGCCAUCAGAUUUAAUUGAGUUUGGUAAGCAUAUCCUAAUUGCUCUUGCUAGUUUAAAUUAGCUUGAAGAAAAGCCAAUAAAUGGCAAAUCUGCUCUGAAUAAAGGAUAUAUUUUUUCAUUAGAUUACGGAAUGACUGGACUCCAUUAAGAUGAAAGACCUUAUUCUACAGCUUCAACUACAUUAACUCCAAGGCUGCCUAAUAAACAAAGAACAGCUAAUAAUUAGUCUAAAAAUAAAAUCCGAAUAAUGUUAACAGACAGAAGAAAAUUGCCCAAAGAUGCAGAAAUAAUCUGCCAUUAAUCAUUAGAAGAAUUACCUCUAAAUAAAUCACCUUCAAGCAAAAAGGAUUUACAUAAUAGCUCUAUUAAAAAUCACAUCACUUAAAAUCUCAGUAUUAUGUUUGACUAGUUGCACCAAAAGCUUAGAAAAGAUAGAUAAUCAAAGUAAUCGAGCCAACCUAAUAUAAAUUAAAGCAAUUCUCCAAAGGAACUGUAUCCAGUAAAGAAAACAGUAUUUUAAAUGUUUUAGGAUGCACUUAAUAAUAAAAGUUUUGAUAAUUAAGAUGAGAACACUUUUGGAGGAACUAGCUAGCCUAAGCUCAACAAAAUAACUUCUGACUUGAUAAAAAAUAUGAAGAAUUAAAAAAGACAGAUGCUUGGAUAACUCGGACAGAGCUAAAAAAUGAGAUAUCAGACAAGUGAAACUUACAAUAAUAACUCUUCAAACAAGAGCAAACUUCUUAAUGAUAAUGGCGAUUACUAUCAGCAUAACUUUGACACAGAAGAAAAUGAAGCAUAUUUCUUAAAAUACGAUGAUAAUAGUUAUGGAUUUUUGGAUGAUUAACUAAACACUUAACUAAAGAAAAAAAAGAGCUCAUUUGGGACAAAUCCUAAGAAUUCUAACAGAGAGCAGCUUUUUCACUCACAUGUCUCACAAUCUCCUAAUCUUAGUAAAUACAACCUUCCAUAAGUGCUGAAUCUUGAAUCUGAACAAGCUGUGGUUGAAGGUUUCAAAUAGUAUUUCAAAGAUAACUAAAAUAAAGAGGCCUAACAUUAAAAUCUGAGUACACUUGAGAGUGUGAAAGAAUACCCCAAUAAAAUACAGGAUAAGGAGUUAGAAGCAAGAAGCUAAGAGUUCAGAUAAUAUCUUAAAGAACAGCUAAAAAGAACAAAGUAAAAAAUGAACUAUAACCAUCAACCUUUAUACAUGCCUCUUAAUGUCAAAGCAAACAAUGGGAAAAUGGCUUAAAUCUCUGAGAUUAAAAGUAUUACCAUCUAGCAAGAAAGGUAGCCUUUAAAGUAAACUAUUCCUCAAAUUCUUUUCUCACCUAAAAAUAGAAAAGAAUCUAAUGAUGUAACCAUCAGAGAUUUCAAUGAAAAACUGCAUAUAAAUAAGAGACAUGCCUAAUUCCAUGAGUUAGUCCAAAAGAUAUCCUCAAAUCAAUCAAAAUUAGAGAGAAACAGUGAUCAAGCAAAUGCUUAAUCUCAGGGUAUAAACGAUCAAAAAAGGAAAAGAUCAUUUAACGAGAAAGACACUGAGAAACUGAGAGAGAUUAUAGUACUUACAAGAAGUGUAGACAAGACUAAUGGACAUCCAUUCACAAAUAAGAUAAACUUUCCUGACAUAAUGCUUGGCAUAGAUUAAACAGAGUAUAUGUAACCUUUGGGUAGAAUUAGAGGAGAGUUCAACUUGCCACCAUUGCAAGAAUAGAAACCAGUAGAUGAUUAAAAAAGGCGUUUUAUUAGAGAUACCUUCAGAGAUUUGUUAACAGAUAAGACAAAGACUGCAGAUUAGUCCCCGUCAACUUUGAGAGACAGUAAAAAUAUUUUAGCAAGUGUUUUUAUUAGGAAUUUAGAAGAUGAUAAGAACAAAAUCAGAUUUGAUGCAAUAAACCAUUGGAAGAUCAAGUAGUAAUUUACCUCUUCAAAUCACUCUAAGCAAAAAAGUAAAUAGAGGCAACAUUUUGAAUAAUACAAGAAAUACUUGAGACCAUGA